CAAACAAACCACACAACCCAAUUUUCCUUCCAACUUCGGUUCAAAUCUUACCUUCUGCAUAACUUAACAUGGCUUACUGGUCAUCAAGCUCUGGUCCCACCCAGCAGCUCAUCAAGGGCGGCCGGGGCAUGGUGGCUAUGUCCGAUGACAAUAUCAUGAUGAAGCAAAUCAUAGCAACUCACACCCCUGAUGGAAGAGAGGUUGAUGUUAAACCCCUUUUCUUUCUCGUUCAAGACAUCCUCAACCGGGCCACCUUUCAAGUUGAAACCCCUGAGGGUGCUCAGGUACAAAUGGAGAUUGAGGACAAGACCCAGCAAGCUGGUUUGAUAGCCAUGGUUGAUGCAAUAUCAUAUACGAUUGACAGGAUUUCCUGCGAGAUAGCAUACAAGGCUUUAGGAGGUUCAGAUGCGCAUGCAACAACAGUCUCUCUAUUCAACCUGCUGGCAACCUACUCUUGGGAUGCUAAGUUGGUGCUCACCCUGGCAGCUUUUGCUCUAAACUAUGGAGAAUUCUGGCUUCUUGCCCAGAUCUACUCAACAAACCAACUAGCCAAAUCAAUGGCAAUCUUGAAGCAAUUGCCUUCCAUAAUGGAGCACACUGGUCAACUAAAAUCACGGUUUGAUGCGCUUAACAAUCUGAUCAAGGCCAUGAUGGAUGUGACAAAGUGCGUCAUUCAGUUCAAGGAGCUACCAUCCGCCUACAUUCAACCGGAUGUAGCUGCAUUUUCCACCGCCAUGGCCCAUAUCCCAAUCGCUGUCUAUUGGACCAUAAGGAGUGUGGUGGCUUGCGCAACGCAGAUCACUAUGCUCACUAGCUUGGGCCAUGAGGUCGCAGUAUCAACCACGGAAGCAUGGGAGUUAUCCACCUUGGCUCACAAACUAAAGACCAUAUAUGAACAUCUUACGAAGCAGCUGGUUACAUGCUACCAAUACAUAGAUGAAAAGAGAAGUCUUGAAGCAUUUCAAAUGCUUCUGCAUCUCUUCGAAACAAUCCAUGUUGACAACAUGAAGAUCCUAAGGGCCUUAAUCUAUGCCAAGGAUGAUUUGCUGCCACUUGUUGAUGGCGCUUCUAAGAAGAGGGUUAGCAUUGAUGUGCUACGGAGGAGGAAUGUAUUGCUGCUCAUUUCUAGCCUAGACUUCUCCCACGAAGAGCUUUCUAUUCUGGAGCAAAUUUAUCUCGAGUCAAGGCAGCAGGCAGGCAGGCUAGAGAGUCAUUCUGAGGUUGUUUGGAUACCAAUUGUGGAUGAAUCAGUCAAGUGGAAUGAGACAAUGCAAAAGCAAUUUGAGGCCCUACAGGCUUCGAUGCCAUGGUACACAGUGCACCAUCCAAGCCUGAUAGAGAAAGCAGUGAUCAAGUUCAUCAAGGAAGUCUGGCACUUCAAGAACAGGCCAAUUCUAGUGGUGCUAGACCCUCAAGGAAAGGUGGUCAGCCCAAAUGCAAUUCACAUGAUGUGGAUUUGGGGAAUCAAUGCCUUCCCUUUCACUAGCACAAGAGAAGAAGCUCUCUGGAAGGAAGAGAUCUGGAGGCUUGAGCUUCUUGUUGAUGGCAUUGAUCUAGAGAUUCUCGGAUGGAUUAGAGAAGGAAAAUACAUUUUCUUGUAUGGAGGAGAUGAUCUAGAAUGGAUACGCAAAUUCACAAAAGCUGCACGCUCAGUAGCAACAGCUGCAAGCAUUCCUUUGGAGAUGGUGUAUGUGGGGAAAAGCACCAAGAGAGAACAAGUGCGACGAAUCACAGCAAGCAUCCAAGUUGAAAAGCUGAGCCACUUUUGGCAAGACCAUACAAUGGUAUGGUUCUUCUGGACCCGUCUCGAGAGCAUGCUAUUCUCCAAGAUUCAACUGGGCAAAGCCGAUAGCCUGGACCCCAUGAUGCAAGAAAUCAAGAAACUGCUGAGCUACGACAGAGACGGCGGAUGGGCUGUGCUGAGCAAAGGCUCACAGGUAAUAGUAAACGGACAUGGCACCAUCAUUCUGCCGACAUUAUUGGAGUAUGAUAUCUGGAAGGAACACAUACCAGUUAAAGGCUUUGAUGUCUCCUUCAAGGAGCAUCAUCAGAAGCUUCACGGCGUUGGCCACCCAUGCUGCCGCUUUGAGUUCUCGAGUCAUUUUGGAAGAACUCCACACAGCAUGACUUGCCCUGAGUGCCAGCGAGUGAUGGAGAAAUUCACAACUUUCGGCUGCUGCCAUGAUGAUCAAGUUCCAGGCUCAUUCUCAAGCUCACUGCGCUAAUCGAUGUGGCGCGCUUUCAGAUUAUAAUUAGCUUUUCUAUCUAUCAACACGGCCUCCAAACCAUGAUGAAUUUAUAUGGGUUUUGUUUUGCGUGUGUUUUCAUGGUGCAAUGUAAUAAAAUUCCUGUGUGAUCUGUAAUGUCAGUGGCCUUCCAGGGCCUAAUUUGGACAUUUUUAAAUAAAAUUAAGUGAUUUAUGUUGUAAUCAAUUAGUCUUAAUCAGCAAUAAUAAUCCUAUUCUAUGUUUUUGUUGUGAA